UGAGACAUAACAUCUGUGCUGGGGGGGGAGGUUGCUCCUCCCUCCUGCAGAUAUGAGCAGAUAUAAAGCCCUCUGCUUUCCUUUCUUAACACCACAGUUUCUUCCUGGAGACUCUCAACACUUGCUUACUUGACAUUCACCCACUACACUCACACAAUGAUUUUCUUUUUCUUCUAGGAAUUACCUUUUGAUGAAAUUGUUAAAAGUCGAAUUCCAUGCUUCCUACUUACAUUUUUUUUGUUGUAGUUUUUAAAUGCCUCCACUUCAGCUGUAUUCACCUGGAAGGGUUAUGUAACUGUGUUCAGCUACUUAUUGCUGUAUUUCGGGUGAAAGCAUGGCUUGGUUCAUUGUAAAUAUCAGUAACAUCACUUUGGAGAAUGCACUAUCUGGGGAUGAGCCGCGAGAUGAGCGCUUGGCUCAAGUGGAAAUAGCUCUCCUGUCAAUCAUCUUCAUCACUGCAGGGAUGUUGUUGGUGCUGUGGAAGCGGAGGAAGCAGCUCUCCAGGAUGCGCGUCUUCGUCUUCCACCUGUGCGUCGCCGAUCUGGUGGUCACAUUCUUCCAAGUUUGUCCCCAACUCAUGUGGGACAUCACUGACCGAUUCGUCGGGCCAGAUAUAUUGUGUCGCGUAGUGAAGUACCUGCAGGUGGUCGGGAUGUUUGCCUCCACUUAUAUGAUUGUAGUGAUGACGAUGGACCGAUAUCAAGCCAUCUGCAACCCCAUGGUGACUUUCCAAAGGCGCAGGGCGCGCUGGAACGGCGCCGUGUGCGCCGCCUGGUGCGUCUCUUUCAUCGGCAGCCUCCCACAGAUCUUCAUUUUCUCUCGGGUCGAGGUCGCUCCCGGUGUGUACGACUGCUGGGCUCUGUUCAUCAAGCCGUGGGGACCGAGAGCCUACGUGACCUGGACGACUCUGGUGAUAUUCGUCCUGCCCAUUCUCGUGGUGAUCGUGUGCCAGGUGCGCAUCUGCCGCACCGUGCACAUUAACUUUCACAUGAAGACGCACCACGUCGCACAGUCGGUCAGUAAGACGCUGUCCUCCAGGGCCAGCAGCGUGGCAGGGGUGUCGAAGGCGAGGGUGAAGACUGUGAAGAUGUCCUUGGUCAUCGUGCUCGUCUACAUCAUCUGCUGGACGCCUUUCUUCAUUGUGCAACUGUGGUCUGUCUGGGACAUUGAGGCCCCCACUCAGAUUCUCAUCAUUCCCAGCAUCCAUGGUUCCUCCAUCAUCAAGCCCCGCUUCACGUCAAAUCCAUCCAGAUCUUCUGGCUUCCUUUAG